ACUUACACUACUUCUCACACCUCUCUCUGGCCUUCUCCCAAGUCCCACCUAUCUAUAGGAGGAUCCAUCCAACAUGAUCACAAAUACUCCUUUCUCUUUUCUUUUUUUCCUCUUCUCUCUUCUCACUCCUACCCUCAUUUCCUCUUCCUCUCUUCAAAACCCUCAAUUGGUUGUCCAAGAGGUAAACAGGAAAAUCAAUGCCUCUGUAUCUAGGAGGAAGUUAGGGUACCUAUCAUGUGGGAGUGGAAACCCCAUUGAUGAUUGUUGGAGGUGUGACUCCAAUUGGGAGAAGAACAGACAAAGGCUAGCAGAUUGUGCAAUUGGAUUCGGCAAAAACGCCAUAGGUGGAAGAGAUGGUAAAAUUUACGUGGUAAACGACGACAGCGACAACGACGCAGUGAACCCGAAGCCGGGUACACUCCGUUACGCCGUGAUCCAAAACGAACCGUUAUGGAUAAUUUUCGCAAGAGACAUGGUAAUCAAAUUAAAAGAAGAAUUAAUAAUGAAUUCUUUCAAAACAAUUGAUGGUAGAGGUGCUAGUGUGCACAUUGCUGGUGGUCCAUGCAUUACUAUACAAUAUGUGACUAAUGUUAUAAUCCAUGGUAUUAAUAUACAUGAUUGUAAACAAGGUGGGAAUGCUAUGGUGAGGGACUCCCCAGGGCACUAUGGGUGGAGGACAGUAUCGGACGGUGAUGGUGUGUCUAUCUUUGGUGGAAGUCAUGUUUGGGUGGAUCAUUGUUCUUUGUCUAAUUGUAAUGAUGGUUUGAUUGAUGCUAUUCAUGGGUCCACUGCUAUAACCAUUUCUAACAAUUACAUGACACAUCAUGAUAAGGUUAUGUUGUUGGGUCAUAGUGAUUCUUAUACGGAAGAUAGGAAUAUGCAAGUUACAAUUGCUUUUAACCAUUUUGGUGAAGGCCUCGUUCAAAGAAUGCCAAGGUGUAGGCUUGGAUAUUUCCAUGUGGUGAACAAUGACUACACUCACUGGGAAAUGUAUGCCAUUGGUGGAAGUGCUAAUCCAACCAUCAACAGCCAAGGCAACAGAUUUGUUGCUCCCAAUGACAGAUUCAGCAAAGAGGUGACAAAGUAUGAAGAUGCAUCAGAGAGUGAAUGGAAGAAUUGGAACUGGAGAUCAGAAGGGGAUUUAAUGUUAAACGGUGCAUUUUUUACUGCAUCGGGUGCUGAAUCUUCAUCUAGUUAUGCAAGAGCUUCAAGCUUAAGUGCUAGACCAUCUUCACUUGUCGGUUCCAUAACAGUUGCUGCUGGUACACUUAACUGUAAGAAAGGUUCACCUUGCUAACUACGACGAGGCUAUAUUAAAUGGCCUAUACAUAAAUUAUAAUGUGGUCAAUCUAGCUAUACCUUAGGAGGAUUUACUUUUCGUCCUCCUCUGCUUUUUUCCUAGAUUUUUUCUGUUCUUGUCAUUUUUAUUUUUUAUGAUUACAACCUCUACUUGUUACUCUCAGAAACCAGAUCAAUUCAAGAGAAAAACAAGUGCAGAAGUGUUGAUAUAAUUAUUGUUGUUAAUGUUAUUUUUAUGUACAAAAGUUGAUACUAUUAUUA